AUGGCUAACGAAGAAGUUUACCAAAAUGCCAUAAAGUGCAAGGCGUGUGACCAUGAUGGAUCAACGGAUGGCAUCGACACGGCCACACAUCCUGCUGCUCAAAAGCUUGCUGCUAGAGCCUUGGAGUUCUUGAAAGAGAUUAAAGACUUCACCCCAGGCAAAGCCCUCGAACAACGCCUCAACCGCGACUACGGCCCUGGCAACCCCUACUUCGAAGACUUCUGCCGCCUUCUCAAGCAAGGCUUUGAAGAAGGCUGGAUUGCCUCGCGCGACCUUGAUAGCGGCAUGUAUCGAAUAGGAAAUCAUAAACAUCCCUACGGCGAAAUCAACUGCAUCGUUCCAAUCGACCCAAGCUUCCAAAUCGAAGGUUUGCCUGUAGGCGAGAACUGGCAGGGCGCUGGCUGGACGAGCCCAGGUCCAGGAACGCACCAUUAUCCGCGAGCUCGUGGGGGACGAGGCCUGGAGUUCUUCUUGCUGCCGUCGGGGCGGAUUACGUUUGAUGCGAAGCCUGAAGAACCACAGCCGGUCUCUAUUUGA